AUGAAGAAGUUCAAGAAAGGUAUCGUAAAGAAGGGAGAUACAUGGCGCUUUUCUGGUUUCAUUCUUCCUCUUGAGGCAUUUGCAUUUGAGUGUAUCCCUAACCUUGGACGCACCUUCCGAGUCACUGUAGAUGCAGACAAUGAAUGUCCGAGGUUGUGCAAGCACAUGUUCAAAGACAUUCAUAUGAGAGGAUAUAAACUGAAAGACAUUAACCAUGCAAUCGGACUUGACAAGGACAUCAUCAGCAUUUUGGAACCAACAACAGACGAGGAAUCCCUGAUGGAGCUUAUCAUCGAUCCUGGAUGUGAUGAUGGCAUAGGUUAUGUAGAUCCUAUUGUAGAUGGUUGGAGAAACCAUCUAAUAGUUCAGAAAAAGAAGUUAUGGUGGGAAUCUUUAUACAAAGAGGAGUUGGCGGGAAGAGAUAUUACCGAGAAUGUAGAAGAAGAAGAAGAAGAAACUCAAAAGAGUGCAACAAUUGUGGAGCUCAACGAAGUGAUAAAGGCAUUCGCAAAUAGAAUGGACAGAAUGGAAGUUGUGACAAGGGAAAUACAGGAUAAGUUUGGUGAUUGGAAUGAGAGACUUGUAGAUGUUGAGAGGUCUGUCAAGGACCUGCGAGACAAAGCUGUAGAGAGUGCACCAUGUAGUUUUGCUUUAAGACUUAAGUAA